AUGGGUGUUAAAAUUAUAGUGGCGUCUCACGGUGAAUCGGUAACAGAAGCUACUAUUGCCAAAUGGUAUAAGAAAGAGGGCGAUGCUGUUAAAACCGAUGAAUUAUUAUUAGAAAUUGAAACUGAGAAAGUAACAUUAGAAGUUAAUUCUCCAUGUAAUGGUACUAUAGGAAAAAUAACAAAAGCUGACGGAGCAAAUGUUGCAGUUGGUGAAGAAAUAGGCGAUAUAAAUGAGGGGGAAGCUGUAGCAACAAAUAGUAACGAAGCAGCAAAACCUCAAACAGCUUCCCAGCCUGUUCCAGAAAAAGUACCAGAAAAGCCAGCAGUUGCUAAUAAUACCCUUGCUCCAUCUGUGCAGAAAUUAGUUGCUGAAAAUAAGCUUGAUCCAAAUAAUAUAAAAGGAACAGGCAAAGAUGGUAGAAUUACCAAAGGCGAUGUUUUAGAGACUAUGAACGCUCCUAUUCCUGCCACUACUCCUACCACUUCUUCAGCUAAAACUAGUGAAGAAAGAGUAGAGCGUGUGCGUAUGUCACGUUUGCGUAAUACCAUUGCACAGCGUUUAAAAGACUCGCAAAAUACAGCUGCUAUUUUGACUACCUUUAAUGAAAUUGAUAUGUCAAAAGUGAUAGCACUGCGUGGUAAGUAUAAAGAUGAGUUUGAGAAAAAGCACGGCGUAAAGCUUGGCUUUAUGUCAUUCUUUGUUAGAGCAACUAUCGAAGCGUUAAAGCUUAUUCCGUCAGUAAAUGCUGAGAUAGAUGGUGAUGAUUUAGUAUAUAAAAAUUAUUACGAUAUAGGUGUAGCUGUUGGAACUGAGCAAGGUCUUGUUGUACCGGUGGUUAGAGAUGCAGAUAAAAUGGGAUUUGCCGAUAUUGAAAAGACGAUAGGGGGGCUUGCUAAAAAAGCAAGAGAUGGUAAGCUUUCUAUGGCUGAUUUAUCAGGCGGUACAUUCUCCAUUUCUAACGGUGGUGUAUAUGGUUCGCUUUUAUCUACUCCUAUUAUUAAUCCGCCUCAAUCUGGUAUUUUAGUACUACAUAAAACUGAGGAAAGAGUAGUGGCUAUAGAUGGUAAAAUUGAAAUACGUCCGAUGAUGUAUAUAGCUCUAUCAUACGAUCACCGCAUAAUUGAUGGAAAGGAAGCUGUUUCAUUCUUAGUGAAAAUUAAAGAGCUGAUUGAAAAUCCAGAGAAACUAUUCUUAAAUUUGUAA